AUGAACCUGGUCAAGGUGGUGGUCCUGGGCGCGCCCGCCGUGGGCAAGACGUCCCUCAUCCACCAGUUCGUCUGGAGCGAGUUCUCGGAGGCGUAUUCGCCGACCGAGACGCGACGCAUCUUUCACCCAUCGGUGGUGGUGAACGGCCGCUUGUACGAGCUCCAGGUGACCGACCUGCCCGUGGUGCCCUACUUCCCCGUCAACUCCUUCUACGAGUGGUCCGACUUCCGCUACUACGGCCUCCGCAGCGCGUCCGCCUACGUGCUCGUGUUCGACCUGAACGCCCCGGAGACGUUCCAGUACGUGAAGAGCAUGAGGGAUCAGAUGUUCGAGUCCAGGAACAUGCAGGGGGUGCCGGUCAUCGUGGUGGGAAACAAGCACGACCUGGGUGAGCCCCGAGAACACCGCGAGGUGGCGGGCCUCGUCAAGAAGCACUGGCGCUGCGGCUACGUGCAGUGUUCGGCAAAGUACAACUGGCACGUGACCAUGCUCUUCCGGGAGAUUGUCCGCGCCCUCGACGACCGCGGAGGUCCAGGAGCUCGGGGUGUCGGCGACCCUGCGAGGACGGAUCGGUGCCGCAUCCUAUGA